AUGUCGGCCAAAUACGCUGUAGUCUCACUACCCCUCAGCGCCUUUGACUCGAGCGACCGCGAGGAUGCUCUAUCGUCUCUCCGCGGCACCGUCGCCGAAAAUGGCAAUGUUGUACCCUUCAAGAUCCCCGACUUCAAAAUUGGCACACUCGACGGACUGGUGCAACACGCCGAUGACCUGGCCAAGCUUGAGGCCAACUGCGAGGUCGUCGUAGCCAAGGUUGCCGACUCUUUAGGCUCUGUACUCGGAGGCGACCCAGACCGACUGGCUUCCUACAAGAUGGUCAAUGAUAAGCCCACCGACCAUUAUAUCAGCAACUUUAGCUGGAACAAGGUCCGAUAUCGUUCUGACAAAUCUCUCAAUGAGCUCAUCGAUACACUCCAAAAGGAGUUGGUAACCGUUGACAGCGACGUCAAGACCAAGUUUAACCAAUACAACGCUGUCAAGACAAACCUUGCUUCUCUGCAGCGAAGACAACAGGGAAAUCUCGCGACCAAGUCCCUGGCCCCCAUUGUCGACCCCUCAUUACUCGUCACCGAUUCGGAAUAUCUAGAAACCCACCUGAUUGCCGUGCCCAAAAACUUCAAAAAAGACUUUCUCAAGGAGUACGAGACGCUCGCGCCUAUGGUUGUCCCACGUUCCUCUGUCGAGAUUGAUCAAGACGACGAAUUCAUCCUCUUUGGCGUCACAACGUUUAAGAAACACAGCGCCGAGUUCCUGCAAAAGUGCCGUGAGCAGAAGUGGACGCCUCGCCAAUUUAAGUAUGUCGAGGGUGGCCGCGAAGAGGAGCAGCGCGAGCUGGAUCGUGUAACCAACGAGGAACGCAAGGUCUGCGGCGAGGCUCUGCGCAUGGGACGCACUGGCUGGAGCGAAAGUGUCAUGGUCUGGAUGCACGUCCUGACACUACGGGUAUUUGUCGAGGCAGUCCUCAGAUACGGUCUGCCUCUGGAAUACUUGUCGGCGUUGGUCAAGACAACAACGAAGCAGUCGGACAAGGUCAAGACAGCACUGGACAACAAAUAUGCAUUCUUGGGUGGCAAUGCCUUUGGGCGGGAUAAGCGUGGACGAGUUACAAAGGAUGACGCCGCAUUCAGCUCAGAAAUGGCGGCGGCAGGACUGGCGACAGGCGAAGGCAAUGAAUACACGGCAUACGUGUACUACCAGGUGGAAUUUCCCUAG